AUGCAACCUCCCCAGACACCCCAGCCGGGUCCUUCUGGGGCGCCUCAUCAACAGGGGCAGUUUCCGAGUCUAGGAGGUUUAUACGCCCAUCUUCCUCCUAUGGGAGAAGUCCCAGGCGGAUAUUAUCCCUAUGACACUGCACAAACCCCAACUCCAACCCCUCGGAAUCCUCAUCCUUUUAGCCAGCUACGAGCUGUACAUAGUCCACUCCCCGCCCCAGUGCCCCAGCAUCCGUUCCAUUAUGGGCCUCCAGGGCUUCUUUCUCCUACAUUCUACCCCACUGAAGGCACUGUGGCUCCUCAACCUAUGAGAGCCGAAGUUCAGGAGCAACCGGGAAACUUUGAGCAGGUCCCAGACCUGAACAAACCGUUUAGCACAGUUGCUAUGAGGGAAGAGAUGCCUAUUGGCAGUUCUGUGCAUACUCGUCAGCCACCACACUGGGGCGUUGUCAAGAUAUCAAACAUUCCUUAUUCGGUUACCAGAAAUGAGAUCGCGCAAUUUGUAGGACGCCCAGCGCGCCUUAUCAAAGGAUGCCCAAUCCAUAUUAUCAUGGAGCGCUCGACCGCGAAAACUAUGGACUGUUUCGUUGAAACUGAAACUCCGGAAGCAGCCCAGAGAACAGUUGACCGAAUUAACAGCAUCUAUGAGACUGGCCGAGCACCCCGUCUUGGUCUUCGCCGUGUAGACGUGGAGUCCAGUAACCAAGAUGCGCUCAUGAAAGAUCUCUUUCCGAGGGCCAAGUGCAUCUCCUGGGAAGAUGGUAUGCCUCGAGAACUUCCAAACACUGAUCCAUACUCCACAGGCUUUUCUGGCUUCAUUACUAGUGAAGAGAUCGUUGGGGCUAUUCGCCAUGCUGAAAUUCCUCACCGUUAUCCAUGGUACGCCACAAGGUUGUACACGGUCGAUGAUCGCAAUCAACUAUUUGAGCUGACGAAUCGGCACUUGAUAUCUCUUGCAUCCCGUAUUGACAGAACUCAAACCAUGGGCCUGGACCAAAAUCUGUUGAGAGAUCUUCUUUAUGCUGGAUUUAAUUGUCCAGCCUUCAAUGAACGUCAGAAAUAUACUCUGUGUGUAAAUUCUAACCUUGCACCAGAGAUCGCUAGGUUUCCAGAUAUCAGCAAAUGGUUUCCGUUUGACACUCUAGUGCAGCUGCCCGACUUUAACAAGAAUACACUCAUGUAUUAUGCGAACUUGAUAUCUAGGGGAACGAUCCCCGAUCAUGGGAUCCCCCACCUGACGAACACUUUCCCGCAGGAUAGGGAUGAUCUUCACUCUCCCUACGGUCGUGUGUGGUUUGAAUGGCCCGCAAAUAUCAGUAGAACGGUCCUCUGGGAAACAGCUGUUAGAAUUGAGAUGCAAAUACUAGGCAAUCUUGUCCUCACUGGAUGGGUCACCAAGGAUAAUGAAGUCAAGGCUAGACUGGCAGCUGCGGAACCCUCGUCUUCAACCAGACAUGACACUCGACGCACCCUCAAUGGCUCAGUUGCUAGCUCUGAAGAAGGUCUAGGUGUCCAAACAUCCUCCAGGCUUGAUAUAUUCGCCACCCCAUCGCGCCGUGUGACCGAAACUGGCCCAUCUUAUCGUCCGGAGCGGGAAGCGGGGGAUGAAACUCCACGUCCAUUCAAUGACAGCGAUCAAAGCCCUUGGACCCGUAGGCUUCUCAUAUUCCCUCCAGGCACAGCAAGGGAAGGUUUCCAUUUUGGCCAUCGAAACACAAAGUCCUCUCCAGGUAAUCUCACACCUUCGGGUGUUUAA